AUAUAUAGCCAUCAAGUACCUCAUAAUUGUUUUCAUUGCCAAGAUUAGUUCAACGGUUGGUAGCUAUAUAUUAGCAUUUAGUCAAUUUCUCAACCCGAAGAAGAAAAUGUGACAUGUCUAAAGCAUGUUUACAAAAUAUGGAAUACCAAUUAAGAAAUGAAACAGACAUAAGGUUUCAGUUUGAUCUUAUCUCAUUUGAUUGCAGUGGCUUCAGUCUUGACUAUUCUUUGAGAAGGUAGGAGCAUUCACUCUUAACCACUUCUAAGACAACACCAUGUGAUCUCUCGUGUGUAUGCCCCGCAAUCCUAUAGAGACUUCAGCAAUAAUUUUAUCUUGGAAAUAAUAAUAUUCCAAAGAAUCUUAAAAUCUAUAAAUACAUUUCCUCCUGUAUUUAGAAACAACACAAUUCAUUGCAAUUCUUAAGCAUCAACACUUCUUAUCUUAAACUUGAAACCUUUUCCUUGCUCUAGUUCUUACAUACAUACAGAAAAAUGGGUUUCCGUUUACCUGUUAUUCGAAGGGUAUCAUCAUUCUCAGCUAGCCAAGUAGCUUCAAAAUCUGUGGAACUCCCAAAAGGGUAUCUUGCAGUGUAUGUUGGAGAGAAUCAAAAGCGUUUUGUGAUCCCCAUAUCAUACUUGAACCAACCUUCAUUCCAAGACUUGUUGAGUCAAGCUGAAGAAGAAUUUGGAUAUGAUCAUCCCAUGGGAGGUCUCACUAUUCCUUGUAGUGAACAUGUCUUCCAACGAAUCACUUCUCACUUGAAUGGGCUAUAAAUCUCAGACUGUAGAAGAUUGACAUAGAUUAGCAUAUACAUGUUGUAUACAAUAGAUUAGUAUAGAGAAUCGGAUGACAAACUCAAAGAGUAUGUCUACUUUUGUUGUAUAGUGGCAAAUUGACAAUGAAUUCAGUUAUUCAAUUUUGUGUUUAGCAUAUAGCAUUGUUCACUUGUUCCUGAAAUUAGGAGCUUACAUAAGCGAAGUUACGCGCUGAAAGAAAAACUUGAUUUU